AUGUUCAACUUCCGUGUCCUUCGCCGAGAACAACCCAAUCGCUCAAUUGCACUGCAGGGGUCCGAUCAUGUCUUGAUAUUUCAUCACAAUGCGGCCGACGAGAGGUCAAAUACUGCCCCGCGUUGUCAGGUUGAAUUCUCGGAAACUUCUUCUGCAGAUCUCAAGGGGUUCCGUGCCUUAGGUGCGGGAUAUGGCACUCUCGGCCUUGUUACGCUCAAUGAAGAUGUAUUCGUGUGCGUGAUUACCGGUGCAUCGCAAGCCGCGACUGUUCGCCCCGGUGAAUCCGUGGCCAGAAUUGACCAUGUAGACUUUUAUUGUCUUAAUAGAGCUGAAUAUGAGAUGGGCCAGGACUACGAAAGUAGCUCUCAGUUUGCUGUCGAUGAGCGCCCAGGGGCAGACGGAAAGGAAGUUGUUACUGAUCACCCAUUUCUGGCCUUGAAGAAACUUCUGGGUGAUGGAAGCUUCUACUACAGUCUCGAUUUCAACUUGACGGAUCGGCUACAGGACCGUGCUGAUAAAGUAACUGCAUUUGGUAUCGAUUCCCUGGAUGAGGACAUGCUAUGGAACUCCUACAUGAUCAACCCUCUCCUUCUGUUUCGAAGUAAUCUCCCUCCGGAGGAUAAGGAAAAGCUUGAUCAUUCUCAGUUCCUGACUUGUGUUAUACGCGGGUUCGCCAGUACGCUGAAGAUUCCCGCAACGGUGUCUAUUUUACCUCGAGUGCGAACGAAUCUUCCGGCUCUCCUCACAAUUAUUUCCAGACAAUCGUCUCGCCGUGCUGGUACGCGAUUUAAUUCGCGAGGGAUCGACGAUGACGGCAACGUGGCCAACUUUGUCGAAACCGAGGUCGUGCUCUGGGUGUCUCCAGGCAUUUGUUUCUCGUACGUUCAAAUCCGUGGCUCAGUGCCCAUCUUCUGGGAACAGACGCCAGGUUUGAUCCCUGGCCAACAAAAGAUCGAGGUGACUCGCUCGUUUGAAGCGACGCAUCAUGCUUUCAAUCAACAUUUCGAGACUCUUGCACUGGAAUACGGAGCUGUGCAUGUGGUCAACUUAUUGAGUGAACUCAAACCUGGCGAGGCGGAUCUCUCAGCCAGAUAUCGUGACCAUAUUGCUCGAAGUUCGCUCAGGAAAAAGAACGCGCGAGAGAGACCGGAUCAGCACAGUCUGUUACGAAUGACAGAUUACGACUUCCAUGCGGAAACCCGGGGGCCCGCUGGAUACGAGGCCAGUCAAUCAAUCAAGUACGACUUGGCUGACUCUCUAGAUGGAUUCGCAUACUUUCUUUCCGAUGACAGCUCCCGCUCGGUUGCCUCGGCUGUUGACAAGGAAGAUGCGGCCAGUAGCUCUGCGGUCUUGCUGCAGCAAGAGGGGGUCUUUCGAACAAAUUGUCUCGAUUGUUUGGAUCGGACCAACCUCGUUCAAACAAUCAUCAGCGCAAUGGCACUGGAUGCUUUCCUGUCUCAACAGGGUGCCAGACUGAGUUCAGAUCUCCAAAUGCGUCAUUCUACCUUGUGGGCUGACAACGGGGAUGCCUUGUCGAAAAUUUAUGCUGGAACUGGGGCUCUUAAAUCUUCCUUCACCCGUCACGGGAAAAUGUCUCUUGCUGGAGCCCUUGCAGAUGCUCGGAAGAGCGCCACUAGACUCUACGUCAACAACUUCACAGAUAAAGCCCGCCAAAAGACCAUUGAUCUGUUGUUGGGCCGACUUACGAAUCAGAUUCCCGUUCAUCUCUAUGACCCGAUGAACGAACUGGUGAGCGAGGACCUUGACCGACGUGCAGAUGAAUACUCUACGACCAAGAAAAUACGCAUAUGGGUUGGCACAUUUAAUGUUAAUGGCCGCGACGAAGGGCCGGGCGCAGAUCUUUCGUCAUGGCUGUUUCCCAAGGGGGAUGAAUCUCAAGAAGACCCUGCAAUUUUCGCCGUAGGAUUCCAAGAGAUCGUCACUCUUAGUCCCCAGCAGAUCAUGUCCACGGAUCCGAGCAACCGAAAGGGCUGGGAACAGGCAGUGCAGAAUUGUCUGAAUGAACAUACGCAGCAGAAGGGAACGGGCAAGUAUGUGUUGCUACGCAGUGGGCAGCUCGUAGGCGCCGCCUUGAUGAUCUACGUCAAGGCGAGUGCGCUCAAAGUUAUCAAGGAUGUGGAAGGCGCUGUCAAGAAGACUGGUCUUUCAGGAAUCGCAGGAAACAAAGGAGGUUGCGCGAUUCGAUUCGACUUUUCGGAUACGAGUAUUUGCUUUGUGACUGCGCACUUGGCGGCCGGUUUCGGCAACGACGAUGAAAGAGAUCGCGACUACGAGACUAUUGACCAAGGACUUCGAUUCCAGAAGAGCCGAUCUAUCGCGGAUCAUGACUGUACGAUCUGGCUCGGGGAUUUCAAUUACCGGAUUGGGCUGGGCAAUUCCACAGUCCGAGACUUGAUCUUGCACCAGGACCUGCAAAAGCUUUAUGAUAAUGAUCAAGUGAGUAGCACACCCUUGGAAACGCACCGUCAGACGGCUGCUCAGGAUCGUAUGCUGACGGGUUGGGACCAGUUGAAUCUACACAUGUUGGCUGGCAGAGUCUUUCAGUACUAUUCUGAGGGCCUCAUCACAUUCCCACCGACCUACAAAUACGACGUUGGGACGGAUCGCUACGAUACAUCUGACAAAGCCCGCAUCCCCGCCUGGUGUGAUCGAAUCCUUUGGCGAGGAACCGGUCUGCGCCAAACACAAUAUCACACUGCCGACCUCAGAUGCUCAGACCACCGGCCCGUCUUUGCCAAAUUCGAUUGUAAAAUCGACGUCGUCGACCUGAACAGAAAGGAUAACCUGAGACGCGAGCUCUACAAAGAACGACAGCGCGAUACCCUCCCGGUUUCUGUUGAUCUGCUGGAUUUCGACGAAGAAGACAAUUACACCCAGGGUCCAAUUGCUCCAGGUCUACCGCCCGCGAGCUCGGAUCGGUCUCGGUGGUGGCUUGAUAAGGGCGCCCCAGCUAAAGCCGAAAUCCAAGCCCCGAAACCCGACUUCGUCCCCAAUCCCCUCCGCAAAUCAAACCCCUUCUCCGCAGACACCGAGCCGGACUGGAUACCCAAGACCCAACUCCAAGAAAAAAGAGCCAAAGCACCUGCUCUCCCCGAAAGAAAACCCGCACCGCCUCCUCGACGAAGAACCGCCGGACCUUCCAGGGAUAAUGAUCUUUCGACUUCUACUUCUCGUUCGACAUCCUCUUCGUCUCCUGUUUCGUUGUCUCCGAGAUUGGAGAAAUUGAGGCUGGACAAGUCGCCGCCCGCGGUCCCUCGGAAACCGAUUUCGUUGAGCUCGCAGGUGACUGGUUCUCGGUUUUCUUCGCCUGCUUCUUCCCCUGCUUUUGCGUCGGCCGGGUUGGCGAGGAGUUCGACUUUGCCGAGGGAUUUCGAGUCGAGGAGUGUGGGGAGAACAGCCGGUGGGGGAGGUGGAGGAGGAGAAGAAGAAGAAGAAGAAGAGAAGAAACGAGGGUCGCAACUGUCGGACGCUAAACGAUCGGAUGAUUUACUAGGUGAUGCCGCUGGAGACUCGAUUGGGUGGAAGCCGCUACUUCCUCAGCGAUGA